AAUGCCGACGAUGACCGUGGUUCGCGUCAAAUACGUUCUCGGGAAGAACGGGGACGACGAUUCGCAGGGGCUCGAAGCGGAUGCUUCGAAUGGUACCAAAGAAGUAUUGGUGAACAUCGACUGCCCGAUUGGACUGAUUAUGGACUAUGUACGAAGUACAGCUCGCCUCGAAGAAGGGGAAAUCGAUUUCUGCGAUGAAAAUACGCAUCAAAUUAAGAACGUCACUAAUUAUCCUUGCUGGGCUAGAGGGACGGACGUUUUGGUCCCCGGGACUGUGUACUUCAUCGUCAAGGUCGAAAGAGGCACCGAGGGACGGAUCUCACGGGUUCUUCCGCUAAUUAACGCCGCUGGCAAUAAGGCAAGCAAAAUUGCCGCCGAUAUAAUGUCAAAGAUACAACCGCCCGCAGGAAAGCAACGGACGUCAUCUGUUGCGGGCAAAUCGACGCUGCAGGAGAAGAACGCUGGUAAAACUGUACAUCCGGAGAGACGAUCGAGGGUCAUCAAACCGGCUUCGAGAGACAGAGUUGCUUAAUGUUUAUCGUAUCUCGAGAAAUGCAAUGUCUCAAACUUUUUUGUAAUCUUGAAAAAUUACUGUUCGACUGGCUUGCAGGAGGUACGACAAUUUUUUGAUGUUGCCAAUGAAAAAGAUGCAAGUU